AUGGCUGACGACCUUUCAGCCGAGGCAGCCCCCAAAUGGAGAAUAUCCAAGGCUUGCCAGGAAUGUCGCCGCAGGAAAAUUCGCUGCGAUGGGGGCGAGCCCUGCCAGCACUGCAAGCAGCGAAACUCAGAAUGCGAGUAUCGUGGGUUUGUGCGACAGCGCAAACGGAAGCAUGAAUUGGUAUCCAAACAUGAAGACGCAGCGGCUAACACCGAAGAUGAGAGAGGUGGCCCUGGUGCUGAGUCGUCUUCUGCGCGCUAUGGCACAACUCUCCCCGUGCAUCGUAAGGAUCCAGGCCUGAAUUCAGGGCUCAGUGACGGAGCUACCGCCGCCACAGGCAAUAAAAGGAGCAGCGGCAGCAGCAAAAAUGGGCUCAUGGACUACAGCGUGGCUGCAACACAUGUCGCCUCGCCGUCGUGUAUCAUUCAGCUGUACUAUGGGCCGACAUCCAAUUUCUCCCUUAUGCAGUUGAUGUACCGACAGUUGGUCGAAGGGCUUGGUGACGGACACAGCGAUCCAUCCUUGUCCCGCAGAGAUGAAGUCGAAGAAGUCGGAGCCGGCUUGGAUUUAUUCAGUCAUCGUCGUCUGUUUUUCGGUGACCUGGCUGGGAAUCAGGAUAUGUCAUUGUCUGAGAUGACGGGAUCCUCUUCCCUAUUCUUCCUACAUCCGUCUACGGCUUCUAAGUAUCUAGAGCGGUACUUGUCGACCAUCUACUACCUCAUGCCUUGGCAGCCUAAGGAACGUUACCGACAAAAGGUGAACGCGUUGUAUCAGAAUGGUCAAGAUGAUAUGCAUCUAAACUCUCCAGAAGCGACGAUUAUUCUUCUCAUCCUAGCUUGCGGCGCUGCCAUGAUAUACGCCCAUUACCAAUCCGAGAAAGCCAGGCCCAACUCUGCUUUUCUAUGUCUUGGGACCGCAGUCCGAAAGGCUAUAGCGGCUGGACUGCACAAAAAUACGCGGUUUCAACUGGAGCAGGCAACAGAAGAUGCUGAGGAGAAGAGAAUCACCUUCUGGAGUCUCUUUUUCUACGAAACCUGGUUAUGCUUCGGCCUUGGCCGUCCAAUUACCAUACCGGCCCACGAAAUCACCAUCCCAGACCCCCGAGAACAGCCGAUGUUACUUGCUAUUGUGGAAUUGGCGCGCAUCAUGGCUCGAUCAGCGCGGAGUAUGUACGGCAAAAACCACGAGUCUCUGCUUCUUGUGUGGAAGAAUGCAAGAGAAAUCCGCAAAGAUCUCCAGUCCUUCGCACGGCGCGUGCGUGGCGUGUUGAAUUUUGGUUUUGACGCCUCUCCAAAGCCUGGAGAAGUUGGUGUUUGCCAGAUAAUACUUUUGUUAUUAUAUCACAAUCUGAUGCUUCUCACGUUUCGACCUUUUCUCGUCUUCAGAGCAAGAUGGCGACGAGACAAUAUCAUGAAAUCAGAUGAAGCCACUCUUAGCACCGGGCUAAAAAGCACUACGCCUUCGUGGCUCGACGAAGCGUGUGAAUGCUGCUUAGAGGCUGCGCGAUGCAUAAUUCGCAAUCUCUCGGAAGCCUGUGAAAUCAACAAUCAAGUCCGCGAAAUAAACUACCAUGGCUUCUUUCUUGAAAGUGCCUGCUUCACUCUUGCCUUCGACAUGAUGAAUGCGACGCCGCAAGACGCCGCAAAUCAUCUUCCGUGGGUACGAUCUGGUUUAAGGUGUCUGGCCAGUAUGCUGCGGAACGACCAGUACCAGGGGCAAAUUUCCAUGACAAUGCGUGCUAUUCGGCAAAUGCUCAUAGCGGUGUUUCCAGAAUUGUCGGUCGCUAUGGGUCCUGAUCUGCUCUCUGGAGACAAUAGCCAUCUUGAAAGUAACCUCUAUACCAAAGAAGCAAGGGAUAGUGAUAACCGACAGGAUUUCGAUGGCAUCGGCGGCUCGAGCGGGUACGGUUAUGGCUUGAUGGGAGCCGAAAAUUCGAUAUCAAAGACCAAAAUCAGUGGCGAACCGACGAAUCUUUCGAGGCCAUCAGCCACUAAUAUUAAGAAUACCUCUCACGACACUCAACAGCAGCAACCGUCAUUUAACCAAUUGUACGGUUCGCCAAUCGAUUUCAACAGCAAUCCAUCAGCUUUCUUCAGCUCGCUCGGACAAAACCUCAACGCAACGCCUAUGAGCAACUCGGACGCCACCAACCCCAAUAGCAAUAGCAACCUCGAAAACGAAAUAGUCGACUUCACACAGGCGGAUGUUACGAACUGGAAGGAUUUUGAUUUUUCAACUAUGGAUCUCGAGGCAUUUAUGUCUAUAGAUCCGAAUGUUGAUGGUAUCGGAAACCCAUUUUCUGCUGCUAAUAACAGCAGCAGCAGCAACAACAACAAUAACAAUAAUCAUAACCAUAAUCCCUAUUUCCCUCAGCUGGGACCUGGGGUUCAUGGCUGGAGUGGAAAUGAUGUGGGAAUGGGUUUUGGGUCUACACGAUGA